AUGGCGGAAGAGUCGAAGCAGGUCGACCCUACCCAGGAACAAGCCGCCCAGGAAGCUGCCGACACAAUCGCCAAAGUGACCGACAAAGGAGCCGAAUCGGACGAAUCGGGCUCGGAAGCUGAAGAUGACACAACCCAGGCAACAGCCGGCGGCGAUGGCGAAGGGGCUGCAAAGAAAAAGAAAAAGAAGAGCAAGAAGAAGAAGGUGAAGCAGGCAUUGGCCGACACGCUCGGGCGCGGUGGCAUGACGGCAGCGCAGGCCGAGGCAGACCCCAAGAAAGCGCUCGAGGGCUUGACACCCCAGCAGAUCAGCGAAUUCAUCGCCCUAAACCCGGCCCUGGCUAACGAGCUCCUCAGCGGCGAGGGAUCGAGCGACGCGACCUCCAAUGCCAUCGAAGCCUUCAAGAAACUCAAGCUCCAGGAUAUAAUGACUGGCCUGGCAAGCAGUGGGAAAAAUCGGAAGGAUAUGGCGUCGUACAAGUUUUGGAGCACCCAGCCUGUCCCUCAGUUUGGAGAAGAGGAGGAACCUAAGCUCAUCGAGGAGGGACCUCUCAAAAUCCAGGAAGUCAAGGACAUUCCAACGGAACCGUUGUCCCUUGCUCUCGAACAGUUUCGCUGGGUCACCAUGGACCUCACCAACGACGCGGAGAUGGAGGAAGUUGAGAAGCUGCUCUAUGGUCAUUACGUAGAGGAUGACGAGGCCAUGUUUCGGUUCAAAUAUUCCAACUCGCUGUUGAAAUGGUCUCUCCUAUCACCAGGUUGGAAGAAAGAAUGGCAUGUCGGGAUCCGCAGCGGCAACACGCUCUGCGCAUUCAUCUCGGCGAUCCCGACUGAGAUGCGUGUGCGAGACAACGUGGUCCGGAGCUCCGAGGUCAACUUCCUUUGCAUUCACAAGAAAUUGAGAGGCAAGCGGCUCGCACCUGUCCUCAUCAAGGAGAUCACACGACGGAUCAACCUGGAGGGCACUUGGCAAGCCAUCUACACCGGUGGUAUUGUCCUCCCGCGGCCCGUGAGCACCUGCCGCUACUAUCACCGCGCAUUGAACUGGACGAAGCUUUAUGAGGUUGGAUUCAGCCCAUGCCCACCAAAUAGCAAGCCAUUGUACCAGGCGAGGAAGUACAAUGUUCCCGAGAAUACCUCGACCCGCGGGCUUCGGGAGAUGGAGGCCAAGGACCUCGAUGCCGUGAAGGACCUGCUCGAGCGGUACCUCCAGCGGUUCGACCUCACUCCCGUGUGGGACAAGGCCGAGGUUGAACACUGGUUGCUCCACAAGAAGGAUGCCCCCGGGGAGCAGGUUAUUUGGUCUUACGUUGUUGAGAAUGCUGAGGGCAAGAUCACCGACUUCUUUUCCUUCUACUGCCUUGAGUCUUCGGUCAUCCAGUCCCAGAAAUACUCGGCCAUCCGUGCCGCCUACCUGUUCUACUACGCCACCGAUGUGGCAUUCUCGGAGCAAAACGACCGCUCCGCGCUCAAGACGCGCCUGAACGCGCUGAUGGCUGACGCUCUCAUUCUCGCCAAAAGGCACAACUUUGACGUGUUCAACGCGCUCUCGUUGAUGGACAACUCGUUGUUCUUGGAGCAGCAAAAGUUUGGGCCGGGCGAUGGCCAGCUGCAUUAUUACCUAUUUAACUACAAGGCGAACCCAAUCCACGGUGGUGUCAACAAGAGGAACCAGCUGGAGGAAGGGGUAUUGAGUGGAGUUGGGUUUGUGAUGCUGUGA